UUUAUUUGUUAUUUACUGAUUGGCUAUCGAUCUAAUUACUUGUAAAUUAUUUGCUAUCAAUGAUUCGUAUUUAAAGAAUUUUAUUUUGUUCAAUUUAUUUAGGAAUUUUUGCUUUAUCACUUUAACAACAUAUAACAAAAAAGUUUUCAAAGAAAUUAAUGUAAAAUUUUGUUUUUUUCUUUUUUAAAUAUCUUUACUAGAAUAAAAUAAAAUGUUCAAUAAUUUUGAAGAUUGUAAUAAGUACCUAUGUAGUGGCAAGUGAUAUAUAUAUAUACAUACAGUGUGUCCGAUGAAUUUAACAUUGUGCAGUGUCCAGAACGAAAAAAUGCCGCAGUGCUACGUUUCUUCUUGUUCAAAUUAUUACGGUAAAACGCGAGGAAACAGUAAAAUUAUUUAUCACAUGAUACCAACCGAUCCCGAAUUGCUUUCAAAAUGGAUAAAAGUUUGCCGUACUGGUAAAGAACCGCCACCACCUCACGCUAGAGUAUGUAGUGAACAUUUUUCCGAGAAUUGCUAUCAGAGAGAUCUACAACACGAGUUGCUCGGUUUACCUCUUCGAAGAAAAUUGAAAUUCGGCGCUAUUCCAGAUUUAAAUUUGCCUUCAAAAAAUGUUAAACACAAAAAGCAAGUAUUAAAAGAUGUCGAUUGUCAAAAUCAAGUUGAAAUUAGAAAAACUAAAGGUAAAAAGAUUACCAAUACCAAGAAUUAUGAAAAUGUAUCGUCAAAUGUUGAUACCAAACAAAAGGAGAGUUUAUUGAAAAAAUUAAAAGAACAAGUUAGUUUUCUUGAAGGUAUUAAUAUUGAAGCAGUAGCUGUAACUACUAAAAAUGAUAUUCCUAAACAUUCGGGAAAAUUUAAAAAGAAAGAGAGAAUAGUUAUAUUAAGGAAAGUUUCAAAUGAUAAAAACGACACAGUUAAUGAUGUUGUUACAAUACCUGUUGAUACCGAUAAAGAGGCGGAUAAAACGGAAUCUGCAAAUAAUUCAAAAGGAAAUUAUACGAAAAGAAAGUAUAAAUCAGAAGGGAAUAGUGACGAAACAAAUACAAAAAAACUAAAGGGUAAAUAUCAAACAAAAGAAAAUAUACAAUCCGAUGAUACGAGUGAGGUAGUGGAUAACAGAAAACAUAUCGAUAAAAUUCCGAAACUAAAAAAAAUUAAAGAGGAAAAUAUAAAUAAAAUUAGAAGACCAAUGCGGUCGAGUAUUAGAAUUGCGAAAAAGAAAUCUAUCGAAAGUUUGAGUGAUUCGUUUACCGAAAAAAUCAACAAUAUGAAAGAAUGUAAUAAAGGCGAACGAUUUACGGAUAAACUAAAAUUUAUGGCCAAAUUAGAACUUAAACAUGAGAAAAACAAUCACGAAGUGAUCGAUUUAGAUAAAUUUUUCGAAGAAAUAGCUGAUAAGGACUUGAGCAAUCUCAGCUUAAAUAAAAUGCAGAUUAUGGAAAACGUUGUCGAAGGCUGCAACGUCCAACCUUCAUCACCGGGACAUGCCGAGGAACGAGAUCAAGACGUUAAAAUAAAAUCCGAAAGCGUAAUAGAAGAAACUGAUAACAAACCAAUUACAGACAAUGACACCGACAAUAAAGAUAUCGAAGAUAAUAGGGGAAAGAGUAAAUCUGACAAUAUAUCGAACGGAGUUAAAGAAGAACCAGAUUCUAGCGAUAUACACGAUGACAAUUACAGUAAUAGCAGCUCGCCUACGGCAGACAAUAAUAAAAGAAAAUCAGAAACCGAAGAAUAUCCUAUUAAAAAAUUAAGAUCGGAAAUACAAGAAAAUUUCCAUUCGAGAGACAAAAUUAUAAAUGAUUUUAUCGAAAUGGCGGAUUGUAAUAAUUUCGAUCAAAUCAAUUCGUUUAGCGAACAGCUUUUAGCUGAAAUAAAAACGCUCAAUGAAUUCGCUAAAGAAAAAGAACGAGAGUGGAACAAUAUAAUCCACUUGAAGAAACUAAAAGAAGAAUUACUUCUUAGAAUGCAAAGAAAAAAACAAGUUUUAAUGCUCAGCGAAAAAACCGAUUACGUCGAACAGUUGAGCGAAUCUCAAAACGGCAACAUUGACGAAAGACUACGGACGUUACCUCAAAGUGUUUUAAGAUCAAAUUACCCCAAUUCCAAGACUUACUCGACCAAUUCUAGCCCAAACGGUAGUUUAUAUAAACAGAAAUUGAACGUUCCCAAAACGCAAAACAACAUCGACCUUAUGAGUUCCGUCGACAAGCAAGGAAAGAAACUCACUCUUGAUGUACAAUCCAUCAUUGCGGAUUAUAGACAAAGACAUCCCGAAACUGUGCCUCGUAGAGGAAGAAGAAUCAGGUGUUCUCCAAACGAUUCUAAUAAACUUUCCAAUAGUAUUAUGAACUUUUCGUCGAUGGCACUGGGAAGCGGAGCUCAAGUUAGACAGGGAGAUGUUAACAACGAUCUUGGAAUUCUAUUAAAUAGUAUUAACAUGAGUAGACACGAAACUGCCAACAAAUUACCCAUCACGGAAACUGCUAAUUUACAAGACACAGUAUCAUUCAAAGAUAUGCUACUGCAAUUUGCGAAACUAUCCCAAAAUGAGAGAAACGAACUGAUUCAAAACGCAAUUAAACCGCCGCCACCUUAUCCAGAAGUUACAGUUCAUCCUGUACCAACGUCCACGCCGCCACCAACGAAUUCUCUACUACAUGGAAUUUUAACAAAGUCGCCUACGAAACAAAAUAGCAAAUCAUCUUUCAGUCCAACAUUGGCUCGACUUCUGACAGCUCCUGAAAGAAAUAACAGUGCGAUGGCCAUAUCAACGCCGAUAUCUAAUAGUACUGUUCACCCUUCCAACAUGUCCAUUUCAGAAAUAUUAUCAACCAGUAAGGCAUGCAAUGAAAUUACAAUAACACCAGUAGAUACCCAAUAUGAUUCUACGGCAACAAAAGGAAAAUCAAUGGAAGAAGAUGAAACUGAAGAUAGUGCAGAUAGAUUAGUCAUAGAUGAGAAUAAUGAUACUGACAGCAAAAAACAGAAUAAUUCUGACAAUAAUUCCGAUGGUGGAGAUGAAGUACCACUUUGCCAAGGUUGUAAUCAAAAAUCUGCACAGUUUGUUUGUGCUGGAUGCGGAAAUCAAUGGUACUGCAGUCGAGACUGUCAGGUUUCUGCUUGGGACGAACAUUCUGAGGUUUGUUCUGGUUGAACAGUAAUGAAAUCAGUCUGAAAUCGCUUCGAAUAUAUUAUAUAUUUCAUAAAUAUUUUAUAUCUACUAAGUUAAGUACUAAGUACGUAAAGAUGGUGUUCCCCAGAGGUAUUUGUAAUACGAACAUAUACUACAAUCAAUAUGAACUAUUAAAUAUUCCGAUUUUGUAUCCAGUGAUCUAUUGGACUGAAUAUGAUAAUUUUUCCAACGAUAAUGUUACGGUAAAAGUAAAUAAAUUCGUCGAUUAUAUAAAAUCACCACUGAAUUUGGUGAAUAUGGUAAAUUAUUUCAUAGCUAUCAAAUUUACCGGUUAGUUUAUAAAAUCCCCAACUCGUAAUGGGGAAAGUGACAAAAGUCCCCAACUUUACGAAAAUUCGUUCAAUUUGCGCAACCUCUUGGCACGUGACAACCACGUGAUUUCAGAAGUAGUUCUAAUUUCGUUGCAUGUAGACGUGACACUCUCGUGAAAAAUAAAUCAUGGAAUGAUGGCUGGUAUGCUUGAGCGUUUUAAUUCCAAAUUACUUAAUAUUAUGGAUACUAAGAAAACAAACAGUUGUUAAGUUGGGUUAGGUACCUGCACUCUAUUCUACUGGCCCAAUAAGCAGGGUUCGUUGAUUUAAAUCUGAUUAUUCAUUAGUGUUUAAAAUGAUGUUAUACUUAUGAAAGGCGUAGCUCAUAGUAUAAAAUUUACUUCAAUUAUAUUUUACCGAUGAAUAACUAUAAAUUUGAAGACUAGUUAAAAAAAUCCGAUUUAAAUAAAAAAAAUCACGAACGCUGUCAAUAAGUCAUGAUAUUUAUCACAAUCCCCAUUACGAGUUAGUGUUGAUUAUGAUGACAAGUGCAAAUGUAAAUUAUCCGGCAAGCUUUGUAAUUUUAAAACAGUCUAAUACGACUAAAGAAGUGAACUUACGUGUAAAUGCAAAUAAAUGAUUUGUUCCCCACAGAAUAUGGGUUUGGUUUGUUCUUACAAAAUAAUCCGAAUUUAUUACAGUCCCCAUUACGAGUUGGGGAUUUUAUAAACUAACUGGUAAAUUUGAUGAAUAUGAAAUAAUUUACCAAAUUCAGUGGUGAAUAUGUAUAAUCAGCGGGCAAUUUGAUUUUAUCACCAAUUUAUCAUUUUUACUGUAACAAUUAUACUAUUUAAUGGAUAUUUUUUAACUUGCAUACCUCCAAAUGCCCAAUCUUUAAUAAACUAAAUUAAUAUUGUAUAUUUUGAAUAGUUCUACCAAAGAUUCCCAAAGUUUCACAAUAUUUUUUACUAAAAUAAGUGUAGGCUUAGUAAUUUAUGUAUUUUUGUGUAAUUAGUCAAACGAACGAUAUUGGACUAAAAUUUUUUAAAAAUCCCAAAUACCACCGUUUUUAUUUUCAAAAUAGCAUAGUAGAUAGUGAGUGAAAGCCCCAAUUAUAUUACAAGAAAUGUCUCUACAUUUUAUUAUGAUUAGUAAAACUGAAAGCAUAAUCAAAAAAUAAUAUCAAAUAUCAAAAGUAAUCAAAAACUGUUACAAAUAUUUUUUUUAUCUUGAAUGCAAUAUGUAAGAGCCCACCGAAUGAAUGUACCCAUGCCAAAUUUAAAUGAAUCCAUCCCAUCUAUGCAAAUCUAUAUGAAUCUUAUUUAAUCUAUAAGAAUCUAAUGUUUGUGAAUCAAAUCCAUGUAGACUCGAUUCAUACUAAUUGGAUCAGGUAUUUUUGAAAGAUCAUGAGACCAAACUUUUCAGGAGAGGUAAAAAACUAAAUAUUGAAAACAAAUUCAAGGUUACAUAAUGUUUGUUUUGAAAAUAUUAAAUAGGUACUCGUUUACAUGUUGAACAAUAAAAAAUGUUUACAUUUUUGAAAAAAAUAGCAUCAAAAGUGUUGAACUAGUAAAAGAUUAUGUAUUGGAUAAUUUGUGUUUAAUUAAAAAAAAAAAAAAAAAAUAAUCAGCAUAUGCUUACGAAUCAACUACUCCAUCCUCACCAUCAUUUUCUGACGUAAACCACAGGAUUAUUUUGUGAUAAAAAGUCCUUACGUAAUGUUCUGUAGGUAGAUACUUUCCAAUUUUCUGCAAAUAUUAAAUUUUUUUAUAUAUAUAUAGGUGCUUCAAGCAGGCAUUUUAGGCAUGGAAGUGAUUCCCUUCCACUCUUUUCUAUUUUAUACUUUCGUUUUCCAGUCCUGAAUUCUCUCUCUCAGAGAUCUUCCAUCACCUCUGCUUACCAUCUUUUUCUUGAUCCUUCUUUUUUUUCUUGUCCUUGUUCUAUGUCCAUUAUUUUUUUUGCUGCUCUAAAAUCUGGCAAUCUCUGUAUGUGACCCAGCCACUCUAUACUUUUGCAUCCUUAGUUCUGCUUCUCCAAAUAGAUUCCUUAUUUCAUUAUUUGUUCUUCUCAACCAUAAUUCUCCAUCCUUUUUAAUCUCCCUGUUCUGUUCAAACCGAUUUCGCGUACUAUCCAUUCUAAUACUAUAUUGAACAGCAACAAUAUUUUUAAUAUUUAUUGGAAUUUUUCCUAAUGGAUAUGCUUUUUCGCUGGGUAAAAUAGAGUUUUCGAGAACAAUUGUCUCGUCCAUUUCCUCGUCAUAGUCUCUGGAUUUUUUUUAAUUCAGAUACCCAUGAAGCUUCUGGCAGAAAACCACUACUGAUGUAACAAAUUAUUAGUCUCUGUCAUUUUUAUAAAAUUGAAGUUUCCCUAUAGAACAUAUACAAUCAAACUGAAUUAAUUGAAUAAUAAGUAAUAGUAAAAAAAUCUUUUCAGAAACAAGCUUUUAUUUGGAGGAAAUUUUAGAGGACUCACAAUGUGGCUUUAAAAAAGGAAGAAACUCAAAUCACUUUAGAAUUAGACAAUUAAGAGAGAAAUUAUAAAUAAAGACAAGGAAAUUCAUUCAUGUUUCAUAUUUUUAGGAGGUAGCUCAAAAUGAACUUCCUAGAUUUAAUUACAGACAGGUGACACUAAAUAAAAGCUUGUAAAAUAGUUUUUUGAAUUAUUACUUACCUGAUGGUUUUUUUAAUCUGGUGGAAAGUUUAUCCAAAAAUGCUUGCCUUGAGGAUUUUAUGGAAGAGUCCACUUGAAUCUUAUCCUUAAUAAGUCCAUCUUUACCCAUGUUUCAUCCAGGUAGUAAAUUUUUCUAUUUUUUCACAAAAUUUCUCAAUUUUUCCAAGGUAUUCUCGCUCUACACAAUUAUUUUUGCUUUUUCAAAUAAUAAACUGUUCCUUUCACGUUUUUGGUAUCAAAAUUCCAUUCCUUUUAAUAAAAUAUUUAUCUUUUAAAAUCCGACUCUCAGAACUUUAUCCACUGUAGGGAAUUCAUUCUGAAAGACUAUUCUUUUGAUGGCUCUCUUAUCGAAAUUUUCAAUUGAAAUGUUAAUUAUUUUUCUUGAUGGAUACUUUUUUUGGGUUGGCCACUGAAUGAUUAGUUCUGUACUCUUGAACGAAUCGGUAGACACUUGAAGAAGAUACUCCGAAAUAUUUGCCGUUUCAGAAAGUAGUAGUAUAGCUAAUGUCAACAAUUUCAUCAAUAAGAUACGGCGCCCUGUUUCGUACUUUUUUCUUCGAUAAAUAGACUAGCUAGAAAGUUUAAUUACAUAGUUUGAGUUUAGUAGGGAAAUUUUGGACACUCUGUAUACAUUCCCUUCAUAUAGAUUCAUGUAUUAAAAAUUUGCAUAUGAUAUGCUUUUAGUUUAUAUACAUAUUUGUUGUGUAUGUGGGACUAUUAUUAAAUUUUACAUGUUUUUGUAGUGUAUUAAUUAAAUUUAUUUUUCCUGAAAAAUGUAACUGUUUAGUGCAUAGUUUGUUUUUAUAUAAAUCCUAGUCAUUAAUUUUCUAAAGUUACCUGUAGUUGUGUAAUUAUUUUCAGAAUGUGUUGUGUUGUUGAAGUGCCAUUGAAAUAUUUUGUAUCCACAAUAAAAUAAUGUAAGAUGCAGUCCUGUGAUAAAAUAUGUAAGGUUAAUGCUACUUAAAAUAAAUUAGUUAUAAUUUUUA